AUGAACCAGGCCAACAAGGACACGGCGCAGUAUCAGACCCUCAAACGGAUUCAGAAGACCUUCCUCGUGCGCUGCAAUGAGUCGCUAACGAAGAUUAUCCCUGGUAGCGGGGUGAGGCCUGCAAGUCAAAUCAGGCGGCUGGAGAAGCAGCUGAAGGAGAAGCGAGAAGAACUUGGAAAGCUUGCAGAGCAGGAGUUGUUGUUGGGCCAUAUGUCUGGUGCAAGGAAGAAGGCGGCGGAACAGCAGGAGGUCGCGAACAAACGGUCGCAAAUGGCCGAGCAGAUCAAGGAGAUGGAGAGGCAGCUCAAUGACCUGGAGCUGAGGUGA